CACCAAUUGUUUUUACCCUCGCAUCUUCCUUUAGUUUUUAUAAUGAAUAUUGCCACAGCAAACGUGUUUUUAAAUGCACAACAAUAGACGCCAGGGUGUUGAACAAAUUAAUAAUUAGUUUGUAUGUAUUAGUAAAAUAGUAGCGCACUACCAAGUCGCAAUGUUCUGAGAGCUCUUUCAGUCUGUAGCACUGGAAGUACGACAGUGUUUUAGUUUCCCAUCUUGACCGAAUGAGCUGUUUGCAGCUAACCUCACAACUAGCAAGAAGCGGACUGACACGAGAGACAUCUGCACAGGCUCUAAUUAGAAACCGACUCAUGGACGCUAAACGCUAAAUAUGUCCUAAACAGGAUGAUAUCCAAAGUGAGCAAUCAGAACUGCCAGCAAGGAUUACAAGCAGUUGGCAGACAGGAGGCAUGAUGGAGGAGAAAUGCCCCCAGCUAGUGGACUACUUUGUGGUGGCAGGGCUGGCCCCGGGGGGCUCGGCCCCACUGGACGAAGAGGGCCAGCAGAGAGGGGGCCGGGUGGUGGAGCCGGUCAUAGACCUGGCGGUGAUCGCCCGGGGCUUGGGGGAGGAGGUGCCUGAGGGCUUCACCUGCAUCGAGAAGACCCAGGGGGGCCACCCGGCAGAGCUGAGCACCGGACUCAUCAACAACCCCCACAUGUACCUGUGUUACCGCCGUGGGCAUGACAAGCCACCCAUCCUCGACCUCGGGGUGCUGUACGAGGGCAAAGAGGUGGUGAAGCAGGGCUGGUAUGUGAUCGAGACCACCCCCUACAGCCGCUCAGCCAGCCUGAGCUCCGGGGGGCCCGCCACCCACCGCACCUUCCUGACUUACCGCCGGGCCCCAGAGUCCCAGGCCCUCCACACCCUGGGGGUCACAGACAUCUCCCUCCUGCUGCCCAGUAAGGGGGAGGUGGCCCCCCACACCUUCUGCCGGGUGGAGAAGAACCUCAACACUGGCAUAUGGGGUCCAGCCUUAUACCUGUGCUACAAGAGAGCUGUAGCCAAAGCCAAUGCCCUAGUCUAUGAAGCAGGUCUGAUCAGUCGGUAUCCGGAAGCGGACGUGGAGUCGUUCCCCCUGCCAGAGUCUGUGCCUAUGUUCUGUCUGCCCAUGGGUGUGACGGUGGAGAGCUGGCCCCUCAACACCAAGUACCAGCUCCCUGUCUUCUCUACCUUCGUCCUCACUAGCGCCUGUGGCGACAAGGUUUACGGUGCUGCCAUCCAGUUCUAUGAGGCGUUCCCACGGGAGUGCCUCUCGGAGCGGCAGAGCGUCCGUCUGGGCCUGGUGAGCGUGGUGGACCGGCGGCCUAUCACCAACCGCACCCUGCAAGUGAAGAAGAGCGUGUGUGUUCUCUCCCACUGGCCCUUCUUCACCGUCUUCCAGAAGUUCCUCACCUUCGUCUACCGAUACUCCAUCUCCGGACCCCACGUGCUGCCCCUUGAGAAGCACAUCUCCAGCUUCAUGCACAACGUCCCGUUCCCUUCCCCUCAGCGGCCUCGCAUCCUAGUGCAGCUCUCCCCCUAUGACAACCUUCUCCUCUGUCAGCCUGUCUCCUCCCCCUUACUGCUCAGUGGUGCUAGCUUUGUGAAGCUGCUGCAGAACCUGGGCCCUGAGAACGCCUGUGUCCUGCUGCUGGCCGUGCUGACGGAGCACAAACUACUGCUACACUCCCUCCGGCCCGACGUCCUCACCUCCGUCAGCGAGGCCCUGGUUUCUAUGACGUUCCCUCUGCGUUGGCACUGCCCGUACAUCCCCCUGUGCCCGCUGCGGCUGGCAGACGUACUGUGUGCCCCCAUGCCCUUCAUCGUGGGCAUCCACUCCAGCUACUUUGACCUCUAUGACCCCCCUACUGAUGUGGUGUGUGUUGACCUGGACACCAACACCAUCUUUCAAGCAGAGGACAAGAAGCUGUUGUCAUGGCGAUCGCUACCAAGGAAGCAUGGCAAGAUGCUGGUGAAUACCCUCACCAACUUGAUGAAGACUCUGGAGAAAAUCUACACCACUGGCCAAGAGGAGGCCACCCUGGAGUUCCUGCUGACGGACUAUGACCUGAUCUACGGGCGUCAGAAGCAGCUGGAGCUGGAGAUCCAGGAGGCAUUCCUGCGCUUCAUGAGCUGCUUGCUGAGGGGCUACCGUGCCUACCUGCUGCCCAUCACCCAGGCCCCUUCGGACAGGACCACCGACUGCAGCUCCCUCUUCAACCUGCAGGGCUUCCUGAAGUCUCGUGAACGCAACCACCAGAAGUUCUACACCCAGCUGACCAGGACCCAGAUGUUCACUCAGUUCAUCGAGGAGUGCUCAUUCGUCAGUGAUCGCCAUGCCUGUCUGGAGUUCUUCGACGAGUGUGUCCAGAAGCAGUCGGAUGUGGAGAAGCCUGAGGAGGUGCGUCUGAUAGACCUGGACGAGGCCCACAGUGGGGAGCACACGGUCUUCAUCAUGCCCCCAGAGGAACCCCAGGAGCCAGACGGUUCAGAGUGCCCCACUCACUACAGCUAUGAGACGUUCCCUGUGCUCUGCAUGGAUCUGUUUGACCAGCCUCAGGACCAGCUACGUGUCCCUACCAAGGGGAGUGCCCCCAGCAGCCCUGCCCCACGACGGACUAAACAGGAGAUUAAGCUGGCACAGAAGCGGGCACAGAUAUACUCGGCAGUGCCCGACAUGUGGUCCAAAUGCCUGCUGGGCCACUGCUAUGGGCUGUGGUUCAUAUAUCUGCCCACCUUUGUGCGGGCGGAGAGUGCCAAGGUGCGUGCCUUGCAAACGGCAUAUGAGGUGCUCAAGCACAUGGAGACCAGGAAGGUGGUACUACCGGAUGAGGUGUGUUACAGGAUCCUGAUGCAGCUGUGUGGGCAGUACGGGCAGCCUGUGCUCGCUGUUAGGGUACUUCUGGAGAUGAAGAAAGCUGGGAUCACACCCAACACCAUCACCUAUGCAUACUACAACAAGGCAGUGCUGGAGAGCAAGUGGCCCUCUACCAAUCAGGGUGGCCGUCUACGCUGGGCCAAGUUGCGUAACGUUCUGAUGGCCGUGGCGCAGUUCAGACAGCCAGUCAGACAAUGGCAGAAAAGUGGUUCAGUAGGCUCGCGGACAGAUACAAUGGACAGUAACCAACGAUCCCGCCCACAAUCUAACCUGAUUCGUCAGUCCAGCUGGAGCGGCCUUAGUGAAAGCUCCAGCCACGAAUCGCUGACGGGGCCUAUGGUGAAGAGCAACAGCCUGAACAGCAUGAGAGGCUCAACAGACAAGUCUAAGCUCUCAAUGAAGGCGGUGCUCCGGAACGCAGGUGCCAAUGGCUGCAGCGAUCCCGCCUCCCGUAAACCCCCCGUGGGGCCACGAGACACCUCCACCCCUUCUCCCUUUCCCCCUGGUGGUGUCCUGGUGCGCCGCGACCAGGUGUGCCUGUCCACCUUCUACAAAGACUGUGCCGAGAUGGCCGACUCUGACCCUGACUGCAGCUGCCAGCCUGAGGACAGAGACGGCAGGCCACCUGGGCCUAGAGACACUGUGAGCCGCAAGGCCGUGGACGAGAACUACAAUAAUGUGUCACCACGGAGUCGGGGCAGCCUGACGGGGAAACUGCAGCAGCUGCUCACGCCUACUCGCCAUCGAGUCUCGGGGCGGCGGGCCGCCAGUGUAGACGCCCGGCGCUCGGGGGGAGAAAACGGGCCUGUGAGCCGGGUGUCAGAACAGAGACAGUCCCGAAAGGUGGCUGAGAGCCUACUGAAGGCUAAGGAGAGGCUCUACAAUGCUACUUCUGAGAGUUCUCUGUCGGUGGGGAGUGACGUUGACCUCCCUGACACCACCAAUUUGGCCUUUCCUCUCCGCAAGUCCUGGGACACCAACCAAGAGGGAGCGGGACUACAGGUGUUGAUGUCGAGCUGCUCCCUGUGUCGGAGCUGUAACUCCCUGGUCUAUGAUGAGGAGAUAAUGGCCGGGUGGACGUCUGACGACUCCAACCUCAACUCCAGCUGUCCCUUCUGCUCGACCACCUUCGUCCCCCUUCUCAACGCUGAGAUCUGUGACCUAGGACCCAUCAGCAGCACUCACCACAGCCUGGAACGUACCAACUGGAACACGGAGGAGGAGGUGGAGAGUGCAGCCAAGCCCCCUGGUGGCCAGGAGGCCAUCCUGGGUCACAACGGUGUGAGUGAGGACUCCAGUUCUGAGACCAGCAGUUAUUCUGAGAGCAGCAGCGCUACCAUGGGUUCAUCGGUGGGCGAGUCUCCCCAGGUGACGGUGGCCUACCUGAGCCCAUUGGUGCUGCGCAAGGAGCUUGAGAGCCUGCUGGAGAACGAGGGCGAGGCGGUGCUGGCACAGGGCCAGCUGCUGGACAGCCACUCCAUCAUCUUCUGGAACCUAGUGUGGUACUUCCAUCGCCUGGGCCUGCCCAGCAACCUGCUGCAGCUGGUUCGCUCCUCACCGCUGGCCAACCAACUAGCACAGACUUCAGAGAACUCAGCAGUGAGGGUGAGGCUGCUGUGGGACACACUGACCCCUGACACAGACCACUGGCCCCCCCUCUACAUCCUGUGGAGGAUACACAGUGGCGUACCCAUGCGGAACCACAGCUGGCGGAGGCACAACCACCCCUUCACCCUGGCCUUCCUGGAGGAAGUGCUGCGCUGGGUCGGCAUGAACGAGAUACACAAGGGAAUCACCCUCUUCCUGGAAACCAUUGCUAAGCAACCAGGCACGCCCAAGAUACAAAGGAGUCUGUACAGAGAGAUGCUCUUCCUCACACUGGCUGCCAUGGGUAGAGAUCAUGUUGCUGCGUUUGAUAAGAAAUACAAGGCUGCGUACCAACGGCUGAGUGGCUCCUUGGGGCGCGGGGAGCUCCGCAGGAAGCGAGCCCAGCCACCUAGCCCCAAGGCUGUGGACUGCAGACGGAGCUUCCUGCUGCCCCUCGAGUGCUGAUACUACCUCUAGCCUGCAGCCUCCACCCACUCCAAUCCAGAUCCACCCCCAUCGCUGCUGCCUCCGCUCCCUUGGAACACUGAUACCCAGCUGCCAAGAAGAGUGGAUGAGAAAAGCUAGAUAGAAGACAAAAGACAGAAAAUUCUGCCUUCACCUUUCACUUUGGACUUAUUUGCUGUGCUGCCCCUAGCACAGCCUGGCCACACUAUAAAAGCCCCUCAACUGUGCAACUGUACCUCACUGUCCUUGUUUGUGUGAACCAGAUAUCUACAUUUGACCUUCAUUCAUUUUCAUUGUGCAACUGGACUUUGGACCGCUUCCUCAACAACUAAACAACCCUCUCGGCCUAUAGUUUAGCUACAGGGAUUAUUGGACCUGGUACUGUACAUACAACCCAGCCCCCUUGGACUUUGCUCAUUGCUCGUAUAUACAUGGUCUCUGCCUCACCAAUAUAACUCAUACUGGUUUGUAGGUCAUAAACCAUGCAUUUCAUAUGUAUGCAAUUUGUAAGGAAUAUUACCGACCUGCAAUCUAUGCAUUCAAUGUGAACAUAUUCUAUAACUUGCAUUGCUUUGCUUUCAGACAGAAAAUCUCAUAAGAGUGGGAGAUGUCUAGUGAUUCUUGAUGUGAUGGGAAGUGCCAAUAUCAUCGAACUGUAACACAUACAUUACAUUGCAAGGGUACAUGCCAAUCACUCAGUCAGUCAAAACUCAGUCAGUCAAAACUUUUAGGCAUUUCAUGUCUCUCUUGCUAUUUUUCACUCUCUGGAAAGAAUUCUGUCAACUGGACAUUGGUGGUAAAGUCUAACUUUGGGAUGAGACCGCUUCAGCAAGUCUCAGCCAAUCCAAACGAGGAUGUUUACUCUGGGAGAGGGGGUUGUUGAUUAUUGACUUCGGGAGGAAUAUGUCAACUCUGGGAGAGAAUUAUGUCAACUAAAAAAAGGAUGUCGACUGGGAAAGGAUGAUGUCAAACCUGGGAGAGGAUGAUGUCAACUCCGGAAAAGAUGUCAACUCUGGGAAAGGAUGAUGUCAACUCUGGGAGAGGAUUAUGUCAACUCCGGAAAAGAUGUCAACUCUGGGGAAAGGAGGAUGUCAACUCUGGGGAAAGGAGGAUGUCAAACCUGGGAGAGGAUGAUGUCAACUCCGGAAAAGAUGUCAACUCUGGGAAAGGAGAAUGUCAAACCUGGGAGAGGAUGAUGUCAACUCCAGAAAAGAUGUCAACUCUGGGAAAGGAGGAUGUCGACUGGGAAAGGAUGUUGUUUCCUAUUGAUUUUAGGAGAUGAGGAUGUUAACUCGGUUUUGGGAGCAGAUGGUAGUAGUGUGGAUCAGCAAUGUAAUAGUUUGAUCGCUAUCACUAUGGUUUCCUUAGUGUGUGUGUUUUCCAGCUCAUGGUGUGGAAUGGAGCUAUGGUCAAACUUUGGGUAAGACAGGCUAUUUCCUAUGUAGAAUCACCAGAAAAUGCUAACAUCCAGUUUUCAGGGAUACAGUAUUUUCGGAACUGGGAACUCUGCACAGGCAUCUCUAUGCCUGCAACAUUAUGUUAGGCAGGAAGUGGAGGGAGGGUGUGACUGGGAACAGACAUUGACAGUCAAGGAUAAUCCACAAGUCACAACCAGGAAGGACUUUUCAUACACGGACACACAUACAUAUCACAUACAAGAUUUAUCAGUUGUAUUGUGUUUUUAAUUCCCUGUACUGUUCUUGUGAAUUCGAAGUGUGAUUGGGGGUUCUCAGUUCAAGAACUGAUGGUCAGUGAUCGAGGUAUUUGUACCAGAAAAGUUUCUGACAGAAGAAAAAAAUAAAAACGUGUGGAAGGGGGAUUUAUUAUGGUAUGUAUGAUGUCAUGUGUUUUCUCACGUUUUAUGCUUAUUUACCUCAUCUCUCACCUCUUUUCCCAUGUUAAACGGGAGUGAUUUGUCUGGGAGGAUGGUCAAGGAAUGACUGUGAUGGAUCUUUAGUCACACAUCACCAUUUAUUCAUUUACCACACAGUUAUUCACCACACAUUUAGGCAGUAUGUUAUGGAUUGUUGGCAGAGAUUAAAGAACUUCAGAAGAUCCACUUGAGUGGAAGGAUUUAAAGAGAGGAAGGUACUUCACCGUGGAGCCCAUACUUACCUACUAGCUUCUUGUUUCCAUGUACAAUACCUGUGAGGCCUUCCCCUCAUAUUUUAACCCUUUAUUUGUUCAGCUUUGUAUAUGAAAGCAUAUCAAUUGCACAAUGGAUUUUUCAUUUUCUUUCAAUUUCAUGUCACACUGUUAAAUGCCUCUGUUACCGUCAUACCUUGUUUUUGAUCUUGCAGUGUUAUAUAGCAGCGUCACGAGAGAAUACCUUGUGUUCUGCCUUUGAAGAUUGUGUGAGUGACAUAAAUUAUUGUCCCACCUGGGGAGUAAUGCUGUAAUUACAACUAGGGAUGUGAAGUUGUAUGGAGAACAAUUUUCAUAUCUCAUAUUUUAGUCUUAACCUUAGGGUGAGAUAUUUCAGAUGGCACUGAUAUCAUUGUGUGAUAUUGUACCCAUAUAUCAUUAAAGUACAAGAGAGACAUUGUUUGCACACAGCCAUCCAGUCAACAGGGAUAUACAGACUGGAGCAAAGCAUUGAGCAUUCUCAACCAGUAGAGGGCAGUAGGGCAUACAGAGUCCAGUUCUAGCAAUUGGCAGUGGAAUUGGGCUUGAACAGGCUAAGACAACCCUGGUCUUGGAAUUGACAUGUCUUUAGUAAUAACAUGGUGGGAACCUGUUUAUUCAAAUGAACGAUCAGUGGUCAUAACGUAAAGGAGACCCAAGACGGAAUGCUGUUUAAAAGCUAAGACUGAGUUAUCAUCAGCGUCUCAAAUUACACCCUAUUUGGCUCUGGUCAAAAGUAGUGAACUGUAUGGCUAGUAGGUUGAUAAAAUGGUGUAUAAUUAAAGAUUUCCCAGCCCAGAAUUAGAUAAAAAAAUUAUGCAGGUAGAUUUGUUCCCCAACGUAGGCAAUAUUACAUUUAUGGCUGCUAUUUCAAUGCAUCUGACUGCAAGUGAAUAUAAGGGACAUUUAUAUUGUCUGUUCUUUUAUUGGUCAAGUGAGCAAAGGAAUGAAGGAGAUAUGUAUUUAAAAUAUAUUGUGUUUGCUGUUGUAAUUUAUGGAUGUGACUUCAGUUGUAAAUGUCUUGUUUUAUAGAAGAAAAUACACAGAUUCCCCAAAGCUGCAAAA